GAGGGCGGGCUGUAGGUUGAAGAUGUUGUUGACUCACAAUCUCAUGGAGGCAGGGAGGGACGGACGGAGGGCAGCCUGGUUGACUGAGCCGCCUCGCCCCUCGGUGGGUUCAAGAUGCUGCUGCUGCUGCUGCUGAUGAUGUUAGUCAUCUUCAUCACACUUAACUGGUGCGGAGAGAUGGAAUUUGAGGACAUACAGAGCAAGCUCAUGGCAAGUAGAUACAGCGGCUCUUGCUAAUAUUGGAAGGCGUGCAAAGUUCGCGGGUAGCGGCUAAACUACAGUUACGGAAGUUGAUCUCCCAGUGAGGAAUGGCUGGAAGAUGAUGGUGGGAGAUGGAUGACGAUGCAGGUUUUCGGCGAGGGCAUCUUGCUGAGCUUGGGUUCCUACUUGACUGAGUUCAGUUCGUUACAAUGAGAUCCCGGAUGAUACCUGCCCUCCAUCGAUGGAGAACGCCAGCAGCGAAGCAGAUAGUCUCCGAAUAGAGUCAGCAGUGGGGCCGAAGUCACGAAGGAGUGACCUUCCUGCAGUUGCGCAUCUGCCACUGAUUUUAAAAAGUUUACCGGGCAAGGGAAAGGCGUGCCAAAAUAAGCCAAAAUGCGGUAGAAAACUGGGACGAAGCAAGCCACAUCUUAGGGUAGAUAUGCUUUAUUUAGUGCACGGUCAAUCGCAUGGAGAUGGUAAGCCUAUCACAGAUUAAAGAGAAGCGAGAAAAGCGCAAGUAAUUGAGGACUUUCCUUCCCCUUGCUUUGAUCUGGAGCCACGCCUCCUGCCCUUGCUCGCUUGGCCUGAGCAUCGCUAGGGGCUCCCAUUCUCACAUCCUUUUCUUUUCCAGCACUCACAUCUUGCUCUCGUGUCUAUCCCACUCGUCGCCCUCUCUCUCUCUCUCUCUCUCCUCUCUCCCUCGCCGCGUGCUGUUGUUUGGUCUGUCUGUCUGUCUGCGUGAGCUUUUAGGUAUGAGGAUUCGCAAGCGGAGUCAGUCGGUGGCUCCGGCCACUACACCACCGCAGCCCAUCUCCUACAAGUAUCAGACGUCUCCGGGAGAUGGGGUCAUGCGAGGUUCUGGGGGAAAGAGCGCAGUUGCAUCGCCUGCCGCUGUAUGCAGCAACAUACAGGGGAAUCGACGCCUGGAUGACGGUGGCUCGCCUCUUGCAUCGCCCCAUUCCAGCUCCGACGUCUACGCAGAGCCGCCGGUGUUAGAAAACCAUCGACUCUCGGAUGCGAACGUGAAGAGCACUUACAGCGAUGGAGAUCUAUCAGGUCCAGGAGAUGACGGUGUCACCGACAAAGUCCGCCCGAGCCAAUCACCCACCAAGAGGCGAAAGAUUGAGCACGAAACUAAACCCGUCUUCGAGGGAUCUUCUUCCAUGACUGCUGCAGAGCUGUUGGUGGUGGAUCAGUUGGCCAAUGGUGUACGUCAAAGGUUGGCUGCUUCAGAACAUUCUACAACAACUGAGCAAGUGCCAGUAAAGCCAGUUCCACAGAAGCCAACAGAGAAUUCCAAGGACGCUCUGAUUAGUUCCAUUUUUUAUGUGUUCGACACAUGUGGCGAGAACGGACUCUCAGCCAGCGAGGUAGUGAAGUAUAUGCUAGAUCAACGUCUCCCAGGCCUCAAAGAAGGUGGAGCAAGGCACACCGUGCAAGUAGCUAACGUUCUUCGAUCCUCGUCUUCUUUCAUCUCAUUAGGAGACAAGAAAUAUCUACUUUGCUCCACUUUAGAUGUCAGGACAGACUCAAAGAGGCAAACUGGGGCAACACGGAUAGUGCACAAGAGUGCGCCCGCAGGAUCAGGGAGCGAUGGGAAGGACUCGUCUGAAAAUGAAGAUGAUUCCCUACGGCAUGCAGCGAAAGCCAGGAAAGGAAGCAACCUGCAGCAGCCCAGCAAAUUCACAGCUGCAGACAAGAACCCGCAUUCUAACACAAGAUCAGGCAAGAAGGUUCAAGCUGAAAAACCCAAGAGCAUUGUUGCACAGGCGACUCCCGCUCAGGAAGAGAGACAAGGUUCGGAUGAGGAUGCUGCUGAACCGGUGGUUGUGAAGACUACCAGACGGCGGGGGCCAUCUUCCUCGCAGAAAGGCAAAGGUCCUACGCAGUGCAAGCGCUAUGAUGGCAGGGGAUGGCAAUGUUCCCGGCUCACUGAGCCUGGUUACUCCUUGUGUGUCCAUCAUCAAGAUUUGAUUAACAAACGCGCUGCCAAGCUCAAAGAACAGCAAACCUUGAGUAGAUUGAUGGAAUCCGUGCAUCGGAAAGCCAAGAGUCAACCUGCAGCAGAGAGCGCGAAGCCAGCUGACUUGCCAGAGAAUGGAAAUUCCAAAGCACCCUCCAGUAGAGAUAGGGAUGUUAAGGAUCAUAGCAGCAGCAGGGAUAAUGAGAGGGAUAUUAGAGAAAUCGCUUCUGGAGCUCCAGUCCAGAAACGAAAGAUGCUCUCUCUAUUAGCAAUCAAGUAGCCAAAGCCUUGUACAAAUUUCGAGCGACCAUUUUUAGCUUACAACCCUUUGUAGUGCUUAUUAGCACUGGAUUUUGUUUUCUUUUCUGUUUUCUUUUUUUAAAGAACACUUACCAGUACA